AUGUUCCCCAAGCUUCUGCGCGACGAAGCAAUAUUGGAAUACGAUGCGCCCACCAAAGACCUCUUCUUUGCGCCUGCGCAGAACCACGAAAUGCUCAAGAACUUUUGCGCUCCAUGGCUCUUGGCUUGGCGCGCAGAAAUGGACGUUCAACCCAUCACCAGCAAGUUCAGACUGUUACUUUACCUUUCCAAGUACGCCAGCAAAGGCAACAAAUCGAAUUUCGACGACCUCCUAACAACUGUUCUCGACAAUACGGAUGACGAAGCGCGCUUCACGCAUCUCGCCAAGAAGCUCGUUUUUUCGCAAAUGGCUGUUGCCGAAAGGCCUAACCAGGAGGUCAUGCACCACCUACUCGGACUUCCUCUCAUUGAAUCAUCACGACUCGUGGUGACGGUCAACUGUCAUCCAGAUCAACUCGUCAUGCUCGAAAGCGAUGAGCUUGUACCUGCCAUGUGGCUGGCCUACGAGCAACGCAAGCAACAACACGAAGCGCUCUCCAUGUGGGA